AAUUAAGAAAUAACGUGAAUAUACAUAAGCGUCCCGCUGGACGUUAUCCCACUUGACCUGUUUUUUUGAGAGAGCAUUGUAUUGAGUGAACAUAUGUACUUAUGCAUUUAGGGGCUGCAGUAACUAUACAAUUCAAGAUCUGGUAACUUUUCGCAGAUAAUUUUAUUAACGAAUAGAAACGCAGAACGAUACAUAAGCCCUUAUACUAUAUACUCAAUUCCUUCUUUCUCCUUGGACCGUCGACGGAAUAACAUCUCCCGGUACUUCGAGACGAUUCAAGUUUUUAUUCAUUGUGCUGUUAAAAAAAAAAAAUCGAGUUAUGUCCGCUCAAUCGCUUAUUGCAUCGUUUACCCAUGAUGAAGAAAUUGAUGAAUGGGUCGUCGGAGACGAGAGUGUCGAGCUUAAAGGUUAUGUGAAUGCCAUUGAAGGGACCAAAAUGGUAACAUCUAGCAAAUAUCCAGGAAAACUCGUCCCAUUGUACAAAAUUGUAAUCGACAAUGGAGGUACGAAACGUGUACGCGCAGUUUUCUGGGGUAGAGAUGCAGAGAAGAAUUCACCCAUUAUCCACGAUAGAACAAUAAUCGAGAUUAAACGUGGAAAAGUAACCCCCGGAAAUGUAGCGUUUAACAACCCUGCUCAUCGAAUCUCACUUCUCGAAUUGUACAUUACAUCGGCAUCAACAGUUACAAUUUUUGAUGAAAAGUUUGAGAUCUUCGUUGAACCUGUUCAGGUACUUGAUUUACCGAUGAUCUAUUUCAAGGAUUUGGAUGCAACUGUUUGUGUACAAGGGUAUUUGAAGCAGGAGUUCGACCCCAUUAAGUCAUAUGGAUCAAUUUACGGUGCGGGUGUUUUGGUCGAUGGUGAGACACGGCUGCCGGUUAAAAUCGAGAAAUUCAACCCGUCAUCCACAAAAAUCCCAAAAGGGACUUUCUUAAAAAUGACAGGAGUAGUUGCUACCAAUGCCACUGGACCGCCCUGUUUAAAGGUGACGUCAAUAGACGAUGUUCAGAUUUGCAGUGACGUUGCAGUACUGGCUCCCGAAAUAUUAAGUCCAAUGGGACGGCGUCCACCAAGCAAAAGGAAAGUCGACUUCACUUUUGACAUUGCCGAGAAGGAGAAAGCUGCCAAAAAAAAAGGCAUAAAUCUUAAAUGUCUCGCGACUCGCCUAAUUUUGAUUUGAAUUAUUUUGGAAACCCUUUUUACUUGUUUUUUUAGCGUUCUAUUUUGAUAUGACUGUCAUAUCAUUUAAUAUCUUCAAAUUUAUGAUUUUUCUUUAAUAUUUUUUUGCCUUGAUAUGAGAUUUUUAAUUUAAAUAAUUUAAUGUG